UUUACGGUUUUCCAAGGCUCUUUCCGUGCCUCGCUGUUCCGCUUCCGUUUUCCUUCCCUCCCCUGCCUCCUCGCCUCGCCGGAAAGCCUCCUUCCCUCGCCGGAAACCCCUCUUUCCAGCGCUGGGAAUCGCCUCUCGCCGCCUUGCGCCGGUCUUCUCUCUCGGUUGCUUUCGACGGAGCCUUCGAAUUCCUGCGGCGAUUGCGCUGCCGUGACGUCGGAGGAAAGCUUCGGAUCUCGUCUCGAUUCGGUGUCGGGAGGGGAAUGUGGCCUUCGCUUUGAGGGUGGAAAGAAGCGCUUUCAUCUCUUUCAGCGGGGUUAUCUUUGUUCUUCCGCGGAGGAUUUGAAAUUCCUGUGGUGGGUUUCUUGAUUCGGCGGACGGUUGAGGGGUCACGGAUCCGCGAUCAGUAUGAGAUGGUGGAAGGAAGGGCUUGUUUCUCGAGAGAGGUUAAAAAUGGGCUGGAGAUUUUGAAGCGCAAAAGGCUUCAAAGGAUGAAGUCAGGUACAGCACCUGAAGCAAUUAAUGCUGGCAAUAUGAUGGCUAGAAGUGGAGGUGAUGCUUUAAAAGCUACUGCAUCAUGUGGUGUGAGGAUGCAUGGAAAUUCAAAUACAUUUUCUGGUGGUAGUUUUCCUGUUAAGGAUGCUUUUUCAAAGCAUAGAGUGGAAAAGUUUGACUUGUCUAACUUAGAAUGGAUUGAGAAGAUCCCAGAGUGCCCUGUAUUCUGCCCCACGAAGGAGGAGUUUGAGGACCCCCUUGUUUAUCUCCAGCAGAUUGCUCCUGUGGCCUCAAAAUAUGGUAUAUGUAAGAUUGUUUCCCCUAUUAGUGCUUCUGUACCUGCUGGCAUGGUAUUGAUGAAGGAGCAACCUGGAUUUAAGUUUACUACUAGGGUGCAACCACUACGUCUUGCUGAGUGGACUACUGAUGACAAGGUCACCUUUUUCAUGAGUGGAAGAAAGUAUACUUUUCGAGAUUUUGAAAAGAUGGCAAACAAGGCAUUUGCUCGAAGAUACUCUAGUGCUGGAUGUCUCCCAGCUAAGUACUUGGAAGAACAAUUUUGGCAUGAAAUUGCCUUUGGCAAGACAGAGUCUGUUGAGUAUGCAUGUGACAUUGAUGGUAGUGCCUUCUCAUCUUCUCCAAGUGAUCAACUUGGAAAAAGCAAAUGGAACUUGAAGAGACUUUCUCGACUGCCGAAGUCUGUACUGAGGCUUCUGGGGACAGCAAUUCCGGGAGUAACAGAUCCCAUGCUGUAUAUCGGGAUGCUUUUUAGUAUGUUUGCUUGGCAUGUGGAAGAUCACUACUUGUACAGCAUUAACUAUCAUCAUUGUGGAGCAUUUAAAACUUGGUAUGGAAUUCCAGGGCAUGCUGCUUCAGAGUUUGAAAAGGUUGUUCGUGAGCAUGUUUAUGAUCGUGAACUUUUGUCUGGUGAAGGAGAUAAUGCAGCAUUCGAUGUACUAUUGGGGAAGACUACGAUGUUUCCUCCAAAUAUUCUGUUAGAACAUAAUGUUCCUGUUUAUAAAGCCGUACAAAAACCUGGAGAGUUUGUUAUCACCUUUCCUCGAGCUUAUCAUGCAGGCUUCAGUCAUGGUUUCAAUUGUGGAGAGGCAGUCAACUUUGCUACUGGUGAUUGGUUUCCCUUGGGUGCUGUGGCUAGCCAGCGUUAUGCACUUCUUAACAGAACACCAUUACUUCCUCAUGAGGAGUUUCUCUGUAAGGAAGCAAUGCUUCUUUCUCCAAGACUGCCGAAUUCUGAUCCCAAAGAGCCUUACCCUGGGGCUGAAGAUUUGACCUCCCAACAUCGCAUCAAGGUUUCUUUUGUGCAUUUAAUGCGGUUCCAGCACUGUGCUCGUUGGUCACUGAUGAAAAUGGGAGCUUGCAUGGGCUAUAAGCCGAAUAUUCCUCUGCCGGUGCUGUGCAGCAUCUGCCGACGUGAUUGUUAUGUUUCUUAUGUUGAAUGUAACUGCCAUGUGGGUCCCAUCUGCCUCCGUCAUGGGAAAGAGCUGAGAAAGUGCCGUUGUGGCUAUAAUCGCAUUGUGUUUUUAAGGGAGGACAUUCUCAAAUUGGAGGCUGUAUCAAGAAAGUUUGAGCAGGAGGAUGGAAUAUUAGAGUUGGUUCAAAAUCAAGCACAGCAAGGUGAUGACUCAUGUCUGCAACCAAACUUGUUCCAAUGUGCUGGUGAUGGAUACAAGCCCUAUUGUGAGAUAAAGUUUGAAGAAAAUCCUGAUGCACAGGAAGAGGGUCCGUUGCAUAACGAUGGGUAUGCAAAUUCUAAUAGGGUGAAGUCUUCUCAGACCAAGAGUCCUGAGAUGGUAUCAGCCAGUGAAUUUGAAUCUGCAGUACCAGUUACAUCUGACAAAAGUGCUGCUGCUAACCGAGCUGGUUCUCAUGACACUUUGAGUUUACAACAAAGUGAUGAUUCAGAUUCAGAAAUGUUCAGAGUUAAGCGCAGGUCCAGCUUGAGCAUAGAUAAAAGAUCUGUGGGUGAGACGAUAAAGUUUACCGAACACCAGGCUGUUAGGGUGUCUACCAACUAUGGACCGGCUAGCUGCCUCAACAACCUUGCAAAUUGGUUAGCAUGGUUAAGCAACCAUGGCCAGAAGUUUGUAAAGAGAUGCAACUGUUAGGUGCUCUGCAAUACAGUAAGCAUGAUAGACUGAGGUCUCAUGCUUGUUUUUGGGUCUCAUGCUUCUUACCGUUAGGAUAUAAAUUGUAACUUGUGACAGUGAAGCCAAGUUAUCAAGAUAUGUGGGGAUGCUGGGAGAUCAGAAAGGUUUCAAGCAUACACUACAGCCGGCUAAAGGGAUUGUUGGCCUUUUUUUGGAUGGAAAGGUGGAUUGGCUUAUGUUUUAUUGAGUCAAAUCUAAUUGGUCAAAUUUAGUUGUGGAGGUUCUAAAUUGAAAAUUGAAAAUUGUUAAGUGGCUCGAAAUUGAAAAAUCAGAAAUUCUGGACUGUUGGCAGUGCAUCAUCUCAAGAUUGAUAGUUUAAUAGUUUGAGCAGACUUUGUUAGUAUCAUUUAUUGAUGCAUAUAUGGGACCUACGAAACAUGAUUUUUGGUUUGUAGGUUCUUUUGACGUUGGAAAUCAUGUUCAGUGAUUUGAAUGUCAAUUUUGGAACCCCCAUUAUUGAUUUUGACCUACACAGAUUUGUUUCCAUACUCGUUCUAUUGCAGUCUAAUUUAUCUCACGUUGCACCUCUAUAUAUAAUUAUAUAUAAUGGUGACGUAUAAAAGCUAUGCCUAUAUAGUGUAGGAUAAUGAUACAUGUCAGAUGGAUGAGGUUCAACAUCACAAUAAUUAUCUGAUUGCAUCCAGAAGUAAAUAAUGCCUUGUUGAAAUUUACCAGUGCAUUGAACAUGCAGCCAAGCAGUCACUUACACAGGCUAAGCCACAUCAUUG